AGGCAGGGACGGGCAGGGGAGCUCCUGCUCCGUGCCCUGGAGGACCUCUCCCAGCCGGACUUCAAGCGGUUCCGGGAUGCGCUGGCGCACGCGGGGCUGCGCGGCUGCAGCCCCGUUCCCUGGGGCCGGCUGCAGGGCGCCGACUGCGUGGACACCAAGAACCUCAUGGUGGAGUCCUACGGCGCGGAGGCCGCCCUGGACGUGGCCAUAACGGUCCUGGAGCACAUCCAGCGCCGCAACGGUGCUGCCCUGCUGCGGGAGAGCAGGGAGAGAGACCUGGGGCCUGCUCCUCUGCUGGGGUCAGCACCAUCAGGUAGGUGCCAAUGGGGGAAAGCGCGGGGCCUCCUGUGCUGCUGCCCCUGCUCUGCUGCUGCCCGAGGGGGUCUCCUUCCAGACCACCGCAGCGGGUACAAGAGGGCCGUGCGCCAGGCCUUCGGCCGCAUGAAGGACCCGAACGCGCGGGUGGGCGACAGCGCGAGCCUCAGCGCUCGGUACGCGCGGCUGGUGAUGGUCACCGAGCACCGCGACGAGCGGCAGCGGCAGCGCGAGAUCGCGGCCGUGGGGCGCGGGCACACGGAGCUCAUGAAGGAGCGCGCCGGCUCCGCCAUCGCCGUCGCCGACCUCUUCAAGCCCGACGAGGAGGGCUGGAGCCCCAAGGAGGUGGUGCUGCUGGGCGCCGCGGGCAUGGGCAAGACCAUGACGGCCAGGAAGAUCAUGCUGGACUGGGCGAGCGGCCGCGUGUUCGAGGAGUUUGACUUCGUGUUCUACAUCCACUGCCGCGAGGGGAGCCUCCUGGCCGGGGAGGCCAGCAUGGGCGACCUCCUGGCGCGGUGCUGCCCCGGCAGCGCCCUGCCGCUGGACGCGGUGCUGCAGCAGCCGCACAAGCUCCUGUUCGUCAUCGACGGCUUCGACGAGCUCCGCUUCUCGGUGGAGCGGCCGUGGGCGGAGCUGUGCGCGGAGCCCGGCGAGCGGCGCCCGGUGGACGUCGUCCUGGGCAGCCUGCUCCGCAGGAGGCUCCUGCCCCACAGCUCCCUGCUCAUCACCACCCGGCCCGCGGCGCUGCAGAGCCUGCGGCGGCUCCUGCAGCACGAGCGCUGCGCCGAGAUCCUGGGCUUCUCGGAGCCGGCCCGCAGGGAUUACUUCCAGCGCUUCUUCGGCAGCGCGGAGCAGGCGGCGGCCGCCUUCCGCUUGGUGCGCGGCCACGAGCUGCUCUUCACCAUGUGCCUGGUGCCCGUGGUCUGCUGGAUCGUCUGCACCGUGCUGAGGCAGCAGCUGGGCCGCGCCGGGGGCCUGGCCCGUGGCCCCCGCACCACCACCGGCAUCUACGUGCUCUACCUGUCGGCGCUGCUGCGCUCCCUGCAGGGGCGGCAGCGGCAGGACGUGCCCGCCGUGCUCCGGCGGCUCUGCUGCCUGGCGGCCGGGGGCGUCCGCGGGCAGAGGGUGCUCUUCGAGGAGAAGGAGGUGCAGGGGCUGGCGCUGGGCGCGCAGGAAGCCCUCCCGCUGCUCCUCAACGAGCACCUCUUCCAGCAGGACAUUUCCUGCGUCAGCUCCUACAGCUUCACCCACCUCAGCUUCCAGGAGUUCUUCGCGGCGCUCUUCUACCUGCUGGAGGAGGACGGGGAGGCGCAGGCGCCCCCCGCGGGUCCCAGCAGGGACGUGAGGGAGCUGCUGCGGAGCUACGGCAGCUCCAGGAACUACUUCAUCCUGACCGUGCGGUUCCUCUUCGGACUCUUAAACGAGGACCGCAGGAGGGAGCUGGAGCAGGAGACGGGCUGCAGAAUCUCUGCCAGGAUUACACAGGAUUUGCUGGAGUGGCUUCAGGACAGGCAGAAAACAGCCCUGGCUCUGGUGCUGGGGGAGACGGGGCUGGUCCGCGACCUGGAGCUCUGCCACUGCCUCUACGAGCUGCAGGACGAGCGGCUGGUGGCGGCCGCCCUGCGCCCCUUCACGGGGCUGCGCCUCCAUGGGCUCAACCUCAACCGCUUCGACCAGGUCGUCCUCGCCUUCAGCCUGAGCAGGUUCCCUGGGCUGCAGGUGCUGGAGCUGGGGCACUGCUGCUUCCUGUGGGAUGAGCCCGAGGACACCGCAGAGCCACAGCCGGGCAAGAAGCCGCAUCUGGAAGCCCAGGAGGAGGAGGGGACGCUCUCACCCAUCCCCAUGCUCUGUCAAGCCCUGGAGGCAUCGGGCUGUAGGCUGAGGACGCUGAGGCUGGAGCGGUGCGAGCUCAGCAGCGCCUGCGGCGCGGCCCUGGGCUCCGUCCUCGGCACCAGCCCGGCCCUGACCGAGCUGGGUCUGGCUGGGAACAAGGAUCUGGGGGACGAAGGCGUGAGGCUGCUGUGCGAGGGGCUGCGGCGAGGAGCUGGGUCCCUGCGGGAGCUGCGGUUGGGCGGCUGCAGCCUCACGGCCGCGGGCUGCAGGGCCCUGGCACCGGUGCUGGCGGCCGCGCCCGGGCUGGCGCUGCUGGACCUCAGCGACAACGCGGUGGGGGACGGCGGCGUGCGGGAGCUGUGCGCGGCGCUGCGCGGACCCGGCCGCGGGCUUCGGAAGCUCGAGCUGUGGCAGUGCGGGCUCACGGAGCUGGGCUGUGAGGCCCUGGCCGCGGUGCUCCCCGACAGCCCCAGCCUGGCCGAGCUGCACCUGGGGGGCAACGCUGUGGGGGACGGCGGCGUGAGGCGGCUGAGCCCGGGGCUGCGGGACCCCCGCUGCCGGCUGCGCAGCCUCAGGCUGUGGCAGUGCGGGCUCACGGAGCGGGGCUGUGAGGCCCUGGCCGCGGUGCUCCCCGACAGCCCCAGCCUGGCCGAGCUGCACCUGGGGGGCAACGCUGUGGGGGACGGCGGCGUGAGGCGGCUGAGCCCGGGGCUGCGGGACCCCCGCUGCCGGCUGCGCAGCCUCAGCCUGUGGCAGUGCGGCCUCUCGGGAGCCUGCUCUGAGGACGUGUGCUCCGUGCUCCGCGCUGGGUGCGCCCUGGAGACCCUGGACCUGAGCGAGAACAGCCUGGACACAGGGAGCGUGCGGGCGCUGUGCGGGGCGCUGGGGCAGCACCCGGGAUCCCUGCAGAGGCUGUGGCUGCCGAGCUCGGGGCUGGAUGAGGAGACCCUGCAGGAGGCGGCGGCGCUUGUCCAAGUCAGACUGGUGUGAGGGCUGGACCGGCGGCGCGAGGGGCU